GCUACAGCGUUAUCCGGGUCCUUCGCGAGAAUCCCUCUGAGAGGAGGCGGGAAAUGGCGUCCCGAGUAGCUGUAGAAGAUCUGUCCGCCGUUCUGUGACUCACACUCAGCGGAGAACUCAACGACUGACACACGCGCGGGCCGCUUCAGCAUCUGUGGCCAGAUCCACAACCAUCUCUGGAUCGUGCCGUUGCGACCCUUGUCAUUCUUACAUGUGACUUUUGGGACAAUGAGGCUGAGAGUGCGUAAAGCAUCUCAGCAGCGGAGCACCACCCCGUCCGCCCGGACCGCCAAGACCAAGAGGAAGCACUCCGAGGUGGAACACAGUCUGGCCUCAGAAGACGCCAAGAUGCAGAAACGAGACACGGGCAUUUUCUCCACCAUCAAACGGUUCAUCAGAGGCAAUGCGGUCAAGGUGGAGCAGUGCACUCCUGCUAAAAGGAGCCGUGUAGACUGUGAUUCGGACAGUAAUCUGAUCACAUCCACUCCGACCGGUGGAAAUCUGCCCAGCAGAGCCAACCCCAGAACUCGCAGGAAAGGCCCUGUCAAUGGAGAUACCAUGACAGGUCAGAGUAAACCAGUGAAGCCCAACGGUAAGCUGGAGGUGCAGGCAGAGCCUCCAAACAGUCCUACCCGCACUACCCUCCUGGGAACCAUCUUCUCUCCUGUCUUUAGCUUCUUCUCGCCAGCCAACAAAAACGCUACGGCAGGCUCUGACUCCCCAGGCCAGGCAGUGGAGGCUGAAGAAAUCGUAAAGCAACUUGACAUGGAGCAGCUUGAGGAAACCCCUACCAGCACUACCACUGAUGGCAGAGAGCUGACCUUUGACCCUGCACUAAACCCUAGAACGCUGCCUCACGCAGACACAACAGUGGAGGAAGGAGAGAUCGUCACAGAGUCCGAUAUGCCACCUCUCACUGCUGUAGGAUCCAACAGCAAUUACCCUGACGUCCCCCCAUCGCCUCCUGCUGAAGGAACUUACGAAGAAGAGUGGGAAGUUUUUGACCCGUAUUUCUUCAUCAAACACGUGCCACCGUUGACCGAGGAGCAGCUAACCCGCAAACCAGCGCUGCCUCUGAAAACCAGGAGCACACCCGAGUUCUCCCUCGUCUUGGAUUUAGAUGAGACUUUGGUCCACUGCAGCCUAAAUGAGUUGGAGGAUGCAGCCCUGACCUUCCCUGUACUUUUCCAAGAUGUAAUUUACCAGGUUUACGUCCGGUUACGGCCGUUCUUUAGAGAGUUCUUGGAACGUAUGUCUCAGAUUUAUGAGAUCAUUCUCUUUACUGCUUCCAAGAAGGUUUAUGCCGACAAGUUGCUGAACAUCCUGGAUCCCAAAAAACAGUUGGUUAGGCAUAGAUUGUUCCGCGAACACUGCGUAUGCGUCCAAGGCAACUACAUCAAAGACCUUAACAUCCUUGGCAGAGAUCUCUCAAAGACGGUGAUCAUUGACAACUCACCUCAGGCUUUUGCCUAUCAGCUUUCCAAUGGGAUCCCCAUUGAGAGUUGGUUUGUGGACAGGAAUGACAAUGAGCUCCUAAAACUGGUGCCGUUUUUGGAGAAGCUGGUAGAACUGAAUGAGGACGUUCGUCCAUACAUAAGAGAGAGGUUUCGCCUGCAUGACCUUCUACCCCCGGACUGAACGACUGCUACCUAAAACGAACAUUUCUUGCCAACCUGACUGUUUUUAAGCAGUGGGGGAUUUACACCUUGGGGACAGGAAAAUUUGCCACAAACUCUUUGCCAUAAGGAUUUCAACUACAGACUCGCCUUCACCGGCGUUCUUUUACUUAGGUGGGAGGGGGCGGGGCUCUGAAAAGAUGUUUUAAAACAAAUGACUUGAUGUAUGCAUACGUUUUCUAUACACACUCAUUUAUGGAGCUAAAGGCAAGAAGAUUUUUUUUGAUUGGUCAUCCAUCUUGGAGUAGAGUUAAUGCCUGAAUUGGACUUUAUUGUAAAGCGCUGUGCAGAAAUGGACAUGCGUCACUCCUUUUGGUGCUCAAAGGGGACCCUCUGCCCUCCCAGGCCAAUGGCUUACUUCAACAGGCAUGACCGGUUGAAUUAAAAUAUAUAAAAACACGAAUAUAUACAUUCAAUUAUGUGUGUAUAUGUAUAUAUAACAUUUGUACAUAUAUAUUUUUUCCUGUCAAGUUUGUAAAACAUGACUUGCUCUUUGGUUCUAAUUCAUUAUGCAUUCCUUUUUAGUUAAAGGCCUUUUUUCAUAGACCAGCUGGCUUUUUAUUAAUUUUUUUACUCUAGGUUUUAUGUAUAUUUAAUGGCCUAUCUGUUUCGCUUGUAAUCCGGCAAAAUGUAAUGGUUUAUCCAGUCACAUCACACGUGGAGCAUACGGAAAACAAUAAUGCUCAAUUGUAAAUUUCAAAUCGCGAUUCUUUCUAGUUGUGGCUUUCGGUUACGGACCGUUUAAUACUAUUUAGCCAUGUCAGUCCUGGUUUGGGGAGUUGAACUUUGUUUUUAGUUAGUUUUUUAUAUACAAGUAUAGCGAAAAUGUAAAAUACUGUAUGUGCUUUAAAAAUGCUUUUCUGUGAAAAUAAUGCUUUGUCUCUUUCUGAAGUGUCCGGUAAUUGUAGCACCAGCACACGAACUAGCUUAAAUCACUGCAUAUUUGCAAUAUUCUGUGUUUUCCCGUUGUCUUUCCAGCAAUCCUGCUUUGAGAACUGUUUUAGGGAUUAUCGUGUACUGCUCUACCUACCUCCUGAAGGGUAGACCUUCCAUUUCAUUCAGUGUUACCCCAAUGUUUUUUAUUUCUAUGGACAUCAAUACAUGAUUUCAAUGUACCAGA